UAUGUUCCACAGCGCAGCCUGCCUACACUUUGAUUCUCAGUUGGUCAAUGUUACGAUGAAUUAAAACCAAAAUUCCACCAACCUCAAGUUUGUUGUUUGGAUUCCAAAUCUCUUGAUGGCUUCCUUCUCUUCCUCCUGAUUCAUCUUCAUAUCGUCUCGAAAUUUGGCAACGCCCGCCGGAUCUCUUCGCGCUUAAGCUCUCUCUCCUCCGGCGACGGGUAGAUGGCUCUCUCUCGCCUUCGUCAACUGGCUCUCUCUCGAGCUCCUCUCGUCUUGAGGGCCCGCCCUCUUACCACCUCCUGUAGAUCUCUUACACGCCUGACCAAUGUGCAAGGUUCUUUUGUUGAAGGUGACUGCACUCCUUUAAGGUCCACGUCAUUAUUCAUGGUCAAUGGAAUCCAUGAAAGGUCUUCGGCGCUCAAGUUGCAAAUUGGUGUCCGAUAUUUCUCAUCUGCUGAGACUCCGCAUACUAUUCUUGAAAUGCCAGCCCUCUCCCCUACAAUGAACCAAGGUAACAUUGCAAAGUGGAGGAAAAAAGAAGGAGAUAAGAUAGGAGUGGGUGAUGUAAUAUGUGAGAUAGAGACAGACAAAGCUACUCUUGAGUUUGAGAGUCUUGAAGAGGGAUUCCUGGCUAAGAUACUAGUGCCAGAAGGUUCAAAGGAUGUGCCUGUGGGACAACCUAUUGCAAUAACAGUUGAGGAUGCCAAUGAUAUAAAAAACGCUCAGGCCAUUGACAGUGGUUCUGAGGCCAAAAAGCAAAAAUCACCUGAUGAAAAUGGAGAGGAGGCGCAAAGCACAAAUUCUGCUGGUAUCAACUUGUCAGAGCUUCCUCCACAUACUGUUGUUGAAAUGCCAGCAUUAUCCCCUACAAUGAAUCAGGGAAACCUUGCAAAAUGGAGGAAGAAGGAAGGAGAAAAGAUAGAAGUGGGUGAUGUCAUUUGUGAAAUAGAGACAGACAAAGCUACUCUUGAAUUUGAAAGUCUUGAAGAGGGAUUCCUGGUUAAGAUACUAGUGCCUGAAGGCUCAAAGGAUGUUCAUGUUGGGCAGCCUAUUGCAAUAACGGUUGAAGAUUCAGAUGAUAUUAAAAAUUUCCCAGAUACUGUCAGCAUUGCUUCAGGGGCCAAAGAGGAAAAACCACAUCAUAAAGAUGUAGUAAAUGAUGGAAAGACACAGAAAACAAAGUUUAGUAGGAUAAGCCCAUCUGCAAAGUUACUUAUUGCUGAAUUUGGAUUAGAUGUAUCUUCGUUGAAGGCAUCAGGGCCUCAUGGUACACUUUUGAAAGGUGAUGUUUUAGCUGCAAUAAAAUCAGGAACAAGAUCUCCAAGAGAUAAAUCUAAAGAGAAGGCAUCUUCAUCACCUCAAACCCCAUCACAAAUUUCUCAAGCACCUUCUUCAGAGUCGCGAUCUUCUUUACAACAUUCAGAUACAUAUGAAGACUUGCCUAAUAGUCAGAUUCGCAAGGUUAUUGCAAGACGGUUGUUGGAAUCAAAACAAAGUACACCACAUUUAUAUUUAUCUUCAGAUGUCACACUGGAUCCUCUUCUAGCUUUUAGAAAGGAACUUAAAGAGCAGCAUGAUGUUAAAGUUUCAGUAAAUGACAUAGUCAUCAAAGCUGUUGCAGUUGCACUGAAAAAUGUACCCCAGGCAAAUGCUUACUGGAAUGCUGACAAAGGAGAGGUCAUUUUAUGUGAUUCUGUUGACAUAUCUAUAGCAGUUGCAACUGAGAAGGGCUUGAUGACUCCAAUUGUGAGAAAUGCAGAUCAAAAGACUAUAUCGGCAAUCUCCUUAGAGGUCAAAGAAUUGGCUGAGAAGGCAAGAGCAGGCAAGCUUGCCCCUCAUGAAUUUCAAGGAGGGACCUUUAGCAUCUCAAAUCUGGGAAUGUUUCCCGUGGACCGUUUCUGUGCAAUUAUAAACCCCCCACAGGCCUGCAUUCUGGCUGUGGGUAGAGGUAAUGAGGUUGUUGAACCUGUGGUUGAUGCCAAUGGACAAGAACAACCUGCCGUUGUGACAAAAAUGAGCUUAACAUUGUCAACAGAUCAUCGUGUUUUUGAUGGAAAUGUUGGAAGUGCAUUCAUUUCAGCUCUCAAAUUGAACUUCAGUGAUAUUCGAAGGCUCAUGUUAUGAUAAUAUGAGUAACACACCAAGUAAAUUUAUGAGAUAUCAGACGGGUCUACCAUUGGAUGGCAUAUAUUCAGCUUAGUUGGUGUAGUUUCAGAAUGCAAAGCUUUUGAGUCCCCUGGGAAAUCCAAGGCCUGAGUACUUGAUUUGCAUUUCAUUGUACAACCCCCAUUAUCAGAAUUUUGUUAUUUAUUGGAUAAGAUCCGCUUCCUUUCCUAAAUGGAUAGUGGAAUUGAUCUGGUAUCAGAUUGAGCUGGGAUUUUCCCGUGUAUGACACUUUAUGUGCGGCUCCACUUCCUCUUAGUGAGGACAGUUGCAAGAGGCAUGGAAAUAAAGCAUUGAUAAAUUGCUUGUUAUAA